GUGAUGCACCAGAUGCUGUCCGCGCUCGCGUUCCUGAACACGCACGGGCUGAUGCACAGGGACAUCAAGAGCGACAACAUCCUGUGGGUCGCCGGCGCGCAGCCGGAGGGCGCCUACAAGCUGUGCGACUUCGGCACCGCGGCGUUCGCGAGGGAGGGGGAGCCCGGCAGGAGAGAGACCAACUGCGGCACCCUCUGGACGAUGGCGCCAGAGAUGCUGGGCGGCCGGACCCACGGCCCCAAUUGCGACAGCUGGUCUCUGGGGGUGGUGCUCUUCCAGCUGGCCGCGCUCGACUACCCUUUCGGCUCCAAGGAGCUCAUGGCCUACCGCAACUCCAUCGAGGCCAGCGCCCCCGGCAGCUUUCGUGCCGGCCAUGUGCGGCCCCGUCGCCGCGCCCCGGCGCGCCGGGCGCCCGCGCGCCGCCGCGCGGGGCCCGGCCGGCGCCCAAG